AUGGCACCCAAAACUCAACCUAACCCGCAGAAGGCGGCAUCCAUUCUUGCCUGGUUCCAUAAGACGGCGCAGGCUCAUAGCAUCAAGGACCUCGAAAAGACGCUGCCACAAGUCUCCUCCAUCAACGGCAUGCAGGUCAAGGACUACCUCCAAGCACUCUCAGACGACAACAAGAUUCGUGUCGAGAAGAUUGGUAGCGGCAACUGGUACUGGAGCUUCCCAGCCGACGAAAAGAAAGCCAAAGAUGCUGCUCUCAAGAAGGCCCAAGAGGAGUUCGACAAGGCCACCGCUACUGUAGCCGAACUUCAGGCGAAAGUGGAUGAUGCAGGUGCAGCUCGCGCUGAUGACGAGGAGAUGCUCAUGGAGACAGGUGGCGACCGCAAGACACUGAUUACGAAGCAUGCCGACCUCACCAGAGACCUCGAGAAGCUCAGGACUGAGCUAGCCGCGUACAGCGAGCAAGACCCCGUCGAAAUGGAGAAGAAAGCCACCGAAACUCAGCAGGCUCAUCUUGACGCUGAGAAGUUUACCGACCAGAUUUACGCCAUGCAGGGCUGGGUUAAGCAGACUAUGUGUGGUGGCAGUGGAGGGCACGAAUACCUGGAGAUACUGAGGUCCUUCUACCAGGAUGAGUUUGAUGAGGAGGAACUGGGCUUACACCCGCAACAAUACCCCGCGAUGGCCUCGACAGGCGCCCCAGAAACCCCGCAAGUUCCUGCAAGCCCGCAACGGAGAGGGGGAAGAGGGCGUGGGCGCGGCAGAGGUGCACACGGUGGAGAAGAUGGCCACGAGAACUUCGGAGGGCGAGGCCGAGGACGGGGCGGCUUCCAGAGCCGCGGGCGAGGUCGCGGCAACAGAGACGGCGCAGGCACUCGCGGUGGACACGCGCCGGAGAAGGGCAAGGCGCCUGCCAUAGACACAGAAGAGAGCGGACACGCUCCACCGACUCUCUUUAAGCCCAACCUCCAGCAAUCGGACAACGAAGACGACGAUGCUGAAGUCUGCUUCAUUUGCGCCUCGCCCGUUCAGCACACAGCCGUCGCUCCUUGCAACCACCGCACAUGUCACAUCUGCUCCAUCCGAAUGCGGGCCUUGUAUAAAACAAAGGCCUGUGCACAUUGUCGAACCGAGUCGGACCACGUUAUCCUCACAGACGACGCCGAGAAGAACUACGAGGACUUCUCCACCGCUGAGUUUUUCAAAUCCGACGAUACCCUGGGCAUACACUUUGAGAACUCCGGCGUGUUUGAAGACGCGCGAUUGCUUUUACAGUACAACUGCCCCGACGGCGAGUGCGAUGUAGCCUGUCUAGGCUGGCCGGACCUGCAUCGUCAUGUCAAGACGGCGCAUGGAAAAGUCAUGUGUGACCUCUGUACGCGGAACAAAAAGGUCUUUACCCACGAGCACGUCCUAUUCACGAUGGCCGAGCUACGACGGCACCAGAAAUUUGGCGACGACAAUCCUGGAGCAAUAGAUCAAAGCGGAUUCAAAGGGCACCCGGAGUGCGGUUUCUGCAACCAGCGUUUCUACGGCGACGACGAACUAUACACCCAUUGCAGAGACAAGCACGAACGCUGCCACAUUUGCGACCGCCGGGAGGGAGGAAGCAGGAAACAACAAUACUACGUCAACUACGAUUCGCUCGAGGUGCACUUUCGGAAAGACCAUUUCCUCUGCCCAGAUCGAGAGUGUCUAGAGAAGAAGUUCGUUGUGUUCGAUUCUGAGAUGGACCUCAAGGCGCACCAGUUGGAGGUGCAUCCCAACGGUCUUUCCAAGGACGCUUUACGGGAUGCCCGGAGAGUCGACAUGUCUGGCUUCCAAAUCAGGGCGCCUCACGAGCAAGGUCAGGGCAACAACAGGCGAGACGAGCGCAGACGCGAGGGUGGCAGAGGCCGUGGACGCGGACGGGAUCCGAACGCUGAGCCAGUGCCUGCGUCCUCUGCGCAGCCCUUGAGCAGAGCAGAGCUUGCUUACCAGCGGCAGAGAGAGGCUCAGAACACUCAUUCAGUAACAGGAAGAACUUUUGGGGGCCAGCUCUCUGCACCAACUCCAGGCGAGGCGUUCGCUGCUAGACCUCCUCCAAGCGCCUCAGAGCCUCCUACCGUCACUGCGUCGCGCCCAACCCCAGCGGCUGCCAACAAUAUCACGAAUGGUGUCGCUCAACUAAGCAUGGACACACAACCACCCAAUCCGGUUCCACAGACACCCCAGGACCAGGCUAGACUGUUGCGUCACAACGCAGUUACGGAACGGGCCACAAACAUGCUUCGGGGUAGCGAGAUCAAGCUGCAAGAGUUCAGAGCCGCGGUAUCGGCCUAUCGCAACUCGAAGGUAUCCGCGCCACAGCUCAUCGACGGGUUCUUUGCGCUAUUCGACGCCAACUCGAAAGAGAUGGGGAAGCUGAUCAAAGAAUUGGCGGACAUCUUCGAGAUGCCAGGCAAGCGAGAAGCUCUAUUGAAGGCUUGGAAUGAUUGGAAGGCUAUCAACGAGGACUAUCCAUCAUUACCUGGCUCUGCGACAGGCUUGAACGGCGCAUCGACUGCGCGAGGAGGUUCGCGGGUACUGAAGCUGAAGAGCUCAACAGCGCAAUCCUCUCGAUCCACAGCCAACCAGCAAGCCAGUUGGUCGAACGCAUCGUCGAGCAACCCAUUCCCAGCCUUGCCAGCGCCUUCAGGUCGUGUCGGUGCGAAGCCCGGACAAACGCCGUGGGCCUCCUCAUCUGCCGCAACGAGCGCGCGCCCCUCGCCCAUGCCAUCGCGAGUCGCAUCAUCAACAAACGUAAAUAAGAAGCCUGCUGCCGCAGACGCCUUCCCAGCUCUCCCCGCAGCAGCGAAACCUACCAGCACAAUCUUCAGCCCCGGCUACACUGGUCACGGUCUACGACGCGACAACAGCGGACGCAACACUCCAGUGAGUAACCCUUGGGCUGGCCCAUCCGGCACGAACAGCAGUACAUCAACACCGGCUUUGGAGGAUGCAGGAGCGGCAGGGAAGAAGAAGGGUAACAAGGGUAAAAAGCAGACACUCUUCCAGUGGGGUUAG